AACCGUUAGUUCGCGGCGUGGGCGCUGUCCCCGGGAGAUAAUUGAAGCUAGUGUGGCGGCUUUCGGGGCCCCUCGCGGGUCGAGGGGCAGAAGAACGUCUCGCAGGCUCCCAUUUCUCAAACUAGCACCCCGGAGGCCCGGAUUAGGAUGGACUUCCCCAGCUCCCUCCGCCCCGCUUUGUUUACGGCAGGCCCCCUGGGACUGAGCAGCGUCCCCGACCUGUCCUUCAUGUGCAGCUGGAGAGACGCGCUGACCCUGCCAGGGUCCCAGCCCCAGAGCUCAGAGAAUGUGACACUGCCCUCAGCCAAGGGCCUGUGGUGGGAGCCGAAGACCCCUGGGCCUCUCCCCUUGCUGCCUCCUUGUCCUGAGCCCUGGGACCCUGGGCUCACUGCCCAGGAUCUGCUUUUCCGGGAAGGUCGCCAGUUCCAGAGACAGCCACAAGCCGUACUGGAUGUUACCGAACAGCUCAGCCGGUUCCUGUGGUUUCAUGGGGACGUCGCCUUUGGAUCCGUGGGGAAGCUGAUGCAGGAGAAUUUCAAGCUGGAGGGAGCCCGGAGCCGCUCUAAGAAGAAGACAGUGAUCAGUGUGAAGACGCUGUUCCAGGACCUCGCUGGACACCAGCCCUGGGGGUGUCCCUGGGCUUACCUCAGCCACCGCCAGCGCCGGUUCUCCAUCCUGGGGGCCCCCAUCCUGGGCAAGUCCAUGGUGAGCCUCCUGGGAGAGCUGCUGCACGAGGAGCUGGCAAUGCGGUGGGGGCAGCUGCUCUUGGACGAUGCCUUCACUGGGGGUGCCCUGGCCUGGGUGCCUGGGAGGAGCCCUCAGUUCGGUCAGCUGGUCUACCCUGCUGGAGGCGCCCUGGACAGGCUGUAUUUCCAACGCAUCCGUGUGACCCCGAGCGGCAACCCCCGGGUCAUCGGGGACCCUGGCCACAUCCAGCUCCGGGGACCAGUCCGGCAGGUGGUGACCUGCACCGUCCAGGGAGAAUCCCUGCUGGCCGUCCGCGCUGACUACCACUGUGCUGUGUGGAAGGUCGGGAAACAGGGGUGGCCCAGCCCUCUCCAGGUGCUGCAGGUCGAGAAGGGAGCCACAGGGGUCAGUCUCAGCCCUCACCUGCCCGGGGAGCUGGCCGUUUGCAGCCGUUCAGGAGCCGUCUGUCUGUGGCGCCCCCAGGAAGGGCUGCAGCGAAUCUACAAGGAUCCUGAGACCCUUGUGUUCCGGGACCCCUCGCCCUGGCGGUGGGCAGACUUCACUGCGCACCCCCGGGUGUUGACAGUCGCCGAUCGCACAGGAGUGAAGAUGGUGGACACUCAGGGCCCCCCAGGCUGUGGCCUGCUGCUUUUUCGUGGGGGCGCGGAGGCCUCGUGCCAGAAAGGGGAACGGAUUCUGCUGGCCCAGGCCCUAGGGGAGUCUGGCUCCAGCUCUCUACCCCCCACUCUCCACCUCAUCUGCACCCAGUUCUCGCUCUACCUGGUGGAUGAGCGCCUCCCCUUGGUGCCGAUGCUGAAGUGGGACCACGGGCUCCCUUCCCCUCCCCUGCUGGCCCGGCUGCUGCCCCCACCCCGCCCUGGCCUCCCACAGCCCCUGCUCCUGGGCAGCCAGGGGGGACAGCUGCAGCUGCUGCACAUUACAGGGGAGGGGGCCUCUGCACCCCGCCUGGCAGGGCCUCCCCAGUCUCUUCCUUCAAGGGCCGAGGCCCUCUCCGCAUUCCCCCUGCUGGAGCCCAAGAGUCAGCGGCAACUGGAGGAGCGUCUGAAGGCACCGACCAUAGGUCUGGCCGCCGCCUUCCCCCCCUCGGCCUCCACGCCCGUCCUGUUGCUUUUCCAGCUCUCAGAAGCUGGCGAUGUCUUCUACCAGCACCUCUGCCUCCAGGACGCCAGCCUGCACGGAGACCCUGGGCCCCCUGGCAACCCUGGGCCUGGCCCCCACACCCCCACGGUGGCCAUGUCCACAUCCGCCUCAGCCUCCUGGAGCCCCCACGCCACGGCCGUCUGCCGCCGCUGGCUGGAGGCCCUGCAGGAGGUACCCUUGGCACCCCCUGUGUGGACUGCACCCAACUUUUCCCACCGCAACCUCCUGUGCUGCCAGGAGCAGCCAGCGGAAGAAGGGCCCGUGCAGAAGAGUCUGCGGGCAUCUAUGGCCAAGGGGCGGCUCCUGCGGCCAGGAGACCUGGGCCUCCUCCCCAUGGCAGAGCCGCCCCCAGCACCCGAGUCAGGCCCCGAAGACGAGCUCAGCGAGCGCUUAGGGGAAGCCUGGGAAGGCCGGGGGGCUGCCUGGUGGGAGAGGCAGCUUGGCAGGACCUCGGGGCCCGAGAAGCACCCCAAGCGGCCCAAGCGCCGCACCCAGCUGUCCAGCACCUUCUCCUCGUUCAGUGGCCGCCAGGACCUCUCCGACGGCACCAGCCCCCCUCACAGCCCAGACCGGAGAGCCCCUGAGCCCAGGCCCGGGCCUCCUGCCACACCCACCUCCCAGCAGCUGAGCCAGGAGCCAUGGGCCCGGGGCAUCCCUGCUGAGCGGCGGCAGACCCUCCGUGACUACGUGGCCCGGCUGCCUUCUCCCGCCACGCCUGCAGGUGCCGCUGCGCUCCCUUCGCAAACCUCGAGCAUCCGGACCACCCCCUCCAGCACGCAGCCCCCUGUCCGCUCUGGCUCCCAGCCGCCCCGCAAGAGGCCCCGCAUGGGCUUCUGAGGGCCCAGGUAGAGCUGCACCGCACCCUCCUGGGAGGCUGGGCCUUCAGAGAGCCCUGCAUCCUGGACAGGCUCUGCCCUCCGUGGCUGGGACGCAGGAAUAAAGAGCCUCCGAAGGCCACGUGAUCGUGGAGGCACCCAGGCGGGAUCUGGAGCCACGCUGGUGGGAUAUAGGUUAACGAGGUAGUAUUUUGUCCUGUAGUUUAUGUAGUUGCCUGAAGAGAAUUCUGGAAGGCAAGUGGAAAGGUCAGUGUUGGGAUGCCCUUCAGGAGGUGGCGUGGUGGGCAGCAGGGGCCCGGGCACCCUGGCUCCAUGGUGCUAGCAGGGUCUCCAUGGGGUCCUUCCCUGGAGUCGGGGAUGACUCACUGUGCUUGGGGGGGUGGGGGGGCUGAGACACCUGUAGAGCUGGUGACCCCUUACAGCAGAGCUCAGUCAACCAUGGUGCCUGUUGCAGUUUGUGCUUGUAAACCAGUUUCUACCACAAUCAAGUAUUUUCAGAAGCAGGCACCUUGACCCAGGUUUAGGGAUUGAAUGAACUUGUUGGCUAAAUGUGGUUUCACAUGAGCGAGACUAAGGCUGGACAGAGCCCCCUCACGUCACUUCUGGGGUCUAAAGCGUAAAGUUCCACUUCCAAAUUUCUGUAGUGCCAGUGGAAGAUUCUGGUCUUCUGCAGGAAAAUACUUGCUGAAAAUUUCACAGGACCAGGUCUGAAUUAGAUGCCUGUUCACAUUCCUUUUGUUUUGUUUGAAAAAUUUUUUUUUUCAAUUUUUUUGAUAAAAAAGGGGGGAUGGGUCUUUUCUAAGGGUAGCUGAUAAAAGGAGUUCCAGACAACUCACAAGGAUUUAAAUAAUCCAGUGACAUGGACUCGGGUGGAUAUUAAAAUGUUUAUAAUGUUCAAACAAGACACUUAAA